AUGAGCUUCUCACCACUACGACGCAGGCACUUAGAAGAUGAAAUCUCCCGUAUUACUGAGGGUAUGGAACACGAAGAGCGAAGUGCCAUUAUCAAUGCAGCGCGUUUUGGCUAUGGACCAUUGGCACGUAUAUUUUACACGGAAGAGGAUGUGUUGCAUCGACCCUUCGGUGGUGAAAUGCAGCCAGGUAUUUUCAAGAACGUUCAUAAGCGUAAGUUUGCUAAUCCUGCGCCUAUGGGUCUAUGCGGCCUUGCUUUGUCGGCCUUUGUGAAUUCACUGAUUUCCAUGCGGGUCCUAAAUCUUCACGAUGAGAGUAUUGUACUGAGUUCUGCGUUUGUCUAUGGUGGUUUCUUACAGAUCCUUGCUGCUAUGUGGGAAAUGGCUGUUGGUAAUACAUUUGGUGCUACAGCAUUUGGAGCUUACGGAUCGUACUGGGUGUCGUACGCCAUUAUUCUUACGCCGGGAGGGUUCCAUAUCAAGGACACCUUGGUGGCUACAGAGGGUAUGGCUGGCUAUUUGAACAGUAUGGGUCUAUUCAACUUUGGAUGGUUCGUGUUUACGUUCCUUAUGGCUUUAUGUACCGUCAAAUCAACCUUACCGUUUUUCUUCCUAUUCCUUGUCAUGGAUUUAAACUUCCUCUUCGCCGCUCUUUCGUUUGUUCUGAAUGAUGGUCAAAGGGCUAAUGAGGGUUUGUCUAUCACGGCUGGUGCGUUUGGCAUUCUUGUGUCUUUCACGGCCUGGUUUAAUGCCUAUGCUGGUGUGGCCGAUGAGACCAACUCGUUCUUCCUUAUUCCUUCAUGGUACUUCCCGUGGACACCGAAGUCUGUGCGCACGGACGAUUCCAAGGUAGGUCACGAGGACUAG